AUGGAAGGGUCCAUCCCACUCCUGGCUUGCUUGGCAUGUGUCCUCCAGAUGGGAUCACUUGUGAAAACUAGAAGGGACACUCUAGGGGAUUUGCUCAACACAGAGGCGCACAGCGCGCCGGAGCAGCGCUGGUCCAUGCAGGUGCCUGCCGAGGUGAGCGCGGAGGCGGGCGAAGCGGUGAUGCUGCCCUGCACCUUCACGCACCCGCACCGCCACUACGACGGGCCGCUGACGGUCAUCUGGCGCGCGGGCGAGCCGUACGCGGGCCCGCAGGUGUUCCGGUGCACCGCGGCGCGCGGCAGCGAGCUGUGCCAGACGGCGCUGAGCCUGCACGGCCGCUUCCGCCUGCUGGGCAACCCGCGCCGCAACGACCUGUCACUGCGCGUCGAGCGCCUCGCCCUGGCGGACAGUGGCCGCUACUUCUGCCGAGUGGAGUUCGCCGGCGACGCCCACGACCGCUAUGAGAGCCGCCACGGGGUCCGGCUGCGCGUGACCGCUGCACCCCGGAUCGUCAACAUCUCUGUGCUACCAGGCCCCUCGCACGCCUUCCGCGCGCUCUGCACCGCCGAGGGGGAGCCCCCGCCUGCCCUCUCCUGGUCCGGCCCCACCUUGGGCAACAGCUCGGCUGCCCUGCGGGACCAGGGUCACAGCUACCAGGUGACCGCCGAGCUGCCUGCACUGACCCGGGAUGGUCGCUACACGUGCACUGCAGCCAAUAGCCUGGGCCACACGGAGGCCAGCGUCUACCUGUUCCGUUUCCAUGGCGCCCCGGGAGCCUCGACUCUGGCGCUCCUGCUCAGCGCGCUGGGCUUCAAGGCGCUGCUGUUGCUUGGCGUUCUAGGUGCGCGCGCCACCCGCCGACGACUAGAUCACCUGGUCACUCAGGACACCUCUCCACGGUCUCAAGCUCAGGAGUCCAAUUAUGAAAAUCUGAACCAGAUGAAUGCCCCAGGCCACCAGCUGCCACGUGUUUGCUGUGAGGAGCUCCUUGGCCAUCAUCAACCAGUUGUGCACCAUGAGAAAUGA